CCAUCACCACCACCACCAAACCUAACCUACCCUCGCCAUUACCUACCUACUUCAUACGACAUCGCCUCCCGCGAUUCGCCCAUCCAGCCUUCUAGCCAUCCAGCCAAGCCAUCUCACAAGAGAGUUCCUCAUCCCUCUCCAACUCCCCAUCAGCAUCGUCAUUAUUACCAUCAACACCACCACAACCACCAUCGCCACUAUCACUCCCGCCAUCGGCUAUUGAACCUUCUGCAUACCCGAUGGGUUGAUGCGAGGGCCAACAGGUUCCCAUCGCCAUUGCAAAACAUCUGCACUUUCAAUGCCCCGAACCACCGCCUAAUUCACCAUCUUCACCAUGAGCGAGUGUCGUCGGUCGGUCCUCUCGUGCGCCCGCUGUCGCAGGAGGAAAAUCAAAUGCGAUCGAGCCAUCCCCUGCGGCCAGUGCAUCGCCGCGAAAUCGGAGUGUACCGGCUUCAGUUCCAAGGACCAAGAUCCCACCAUCCCCAGGAGCAUCGUUCAGCAUCUUGAAUCCGAAAUUGCAAAGGUCGAGGGCGAACUCGCUCGCAAUGGCCACUUGGAGGAACUCAAUGCCUCGGACAUUCUUGCGGGAAUGCCUACCAACGACGGCAUUCCCAUCGAGGAUCCCACAUUACCAAUCAUUGAUCUGCCCAGCACCAAGCCAGAGGACACCCCCAAAUUGACGCUCAAUGUCGAUAUUAUCUCACCGCCAGCCGCGCCGAGAGACACGAUUCGAGACGAAGUCAUGAGUUGCGGAGAGUUGCAGGCCAUGAUCUUUGCCAUCCUCCCAACAGGUCCAGGAAUCACCGAUCUCAUCUCGCGAGUCCGCAUGAGCCUGACGCCAUCAACCGCUAUUGCAUCGGGAUCCCCUAGAGAAGCGCGCAGAAAGUCCAUCUCACGAGCUAGCCAUGAAGUCAGUUGUACCAUGUUGAAAUCUAUCCCGACGCCCAUCCUGCGAAGUCUCAUCAAGAAAUAUAUGACCAGGGUCUACCCGAUUUACCCUGUUUUACAUGCUCCCUCGCUAUGGCAGCAGCUCGAGCGAGUGAUCAAGACCCUGCAAGAAUUACCCGACAAACAUCGCGCCGUUCCUCCGUCCUUUGAUUUUCUCAUUAUCUACCUCAUGCUCUCUAUCUCGGCUACAUUAGGCAGUGCGCGAACAGGACACGAGGCCAAGCACAUGGUCUUUUCUGGAUCUCUUUUCGAAGAAGGCAUUCAACAUCUAUCCGACAAGGCCAAAAUUCCCUCCGACCUUGCCGGGAUCCAAGUUACGCUUAUGGUCCUACAAUACGCGUCCAUCAACCCUCGUCUUGCAAACGUCUGGAUGCUGACUGGGGCUGCGAUGCGCGCAUGCCUGGAGCUCGGCCUCCACCGCGAGGCGCCAGAAGCAUUAAACUUUGAUCCCCUGACUCUCGAUCUUCGACGACGGCUUUUCUGGUCGGCGUAUAAUUUCGAUCGCGCCAUCUGUUCGGCCCUGCAACGACCACUCUCCAUCCCGGACCAAACCAUAGACGCACAUUUCCCUACAAUCCUCGAUGACAGGCAUAUCCACCCCACAGGCAUCGACCCGACAGGAGCUGAAACCAAAAUCCACAUGUUACGAUGGGUUCAUUUUCGUCGUUUACAGAGUGCCAUGACAGAAGUGCAUUUCCAGGGCAAGCCGCUCGAACCCGGUCAGUCGUGGGAAGACUGGCUUGUCUCGAUGGAGAGGCGUCUCCAGGCAUGGUACGAAGAUUAUAACGACGGUCAUGAGUUGACGGAAUUCACACUUGCGCAUGGUUUGACCAAUCUGCACCGCCCGUCACCUCGAGUGCCCUUUCCAGGGGCCAGAAGUCUCAUGGUGGCAUUUGAGGCUGCCUGCUCCAGCGCGAAAUGCCUGCGUGACCACAUCCUAACAGGGUUCUACCGGCGUUCAUGGCUAAUCGCCCAUCACGUGCUUGAAAAUAGUAUGGUCGUUCUCUUCUGCCUUCGCCACGGCUUCGAUGCCAUCUCCUCACGGUUCAGUGCACAGCAAAUUUUCGAAAUGACAAAGGUCUUCACCGCGAACUUCCUCGCCUUAGCCGCGCAGGGAUGGAACGAGGUUUCCAACUACGCAGGGAUAUACGAGCGCCUUUUGGGACCACUAUUGGAAUCCGUCUUUUCGAAUCGUCCGCCUUCGCUCUCGUCGUUUGGUCCAGCCCAGGACGCUGAACUCACGCGCCUCCUCUACCCUGGACCCGCCCAGCUGGACAAACUCCGCUUCGGUAGUCGUUCAGGUUUUGAGGGCGACGGCUUACCGACUUUUGAUGUCGGCACGUUGAACUGGGAGGAAUUCAGCGUCAGCGAUACAAGGUCGGCGAGUGCGGAGGGAUUCGUCGCAGGAUGGGAUUUAUUUGAUCCCAGUGCAGUGGGAAGUGGGGCCCAGGAUUUGGUCUUUGGGAUGGCUUAAGAAAUGCGCGAUGGCUUUGCCUGAAUAUGACAGAAUCCAGAGCCUCGCUUCAGGGCACGAGACAAGACGGUCGAAACAGAAAGUGGCCCGAAAGUCGCACCUUCAUCCAAGGUCGUCUUUUGGAGGACAUCAGCCAGAAGGCCACAGUUUUCUCCGUUGGAAUGGUGCUUCCACUUUGUCGUCCAUGUCAGAUUCGACCCACACACUCUGCGACGUGGUCUCAUCCUCAUAGUCAUCAGCCGGUGCGGCGAGCCGUUGCGAGAUGUCUGACGAGAGAGUUGUUGUGAAUGUUCUUAGCUCAGCAACGGGUCCCACGAACGUUCCCUUUUGGUACUGAGGCCUUCUUGGUACAUCUCCCAUUGACUGCGUCUUUCAAGACCCAAAAAGUCUCGGAUAUUGUUGUGCCUUUAUUGUGUAAAAGGGCACAUUCUCACUUAAUGCUGAAAUUUGGCUCUGGACGAUGCCUGCUACUGGGACAGAGAAGAAUGCAUCAGGAAUGACAGAAUAGGAGGGCCAUUGGGGUAUUGGGACCAGCUGGAGAGACGUCCCCGAUGCAAAAUGGAAAAAACUGCAAACGAGUCAUCAACAAGUCUGACACUCAAAGGGGAUCGAUUUCCGGAGUGAUUUUCGGUGACGACGGCGUGUGACUGGUGUUGAUGGAUGAAGUCGACCAUGCCAGCUCUAAGCCCUAUGGGAGUUGGAACCGCCGAGUCGAAGGUAUACACAGACCAAGAGUGGGAUGAUCAGCCAGGAGAAUGGUGUCGUCUAUCUGUACAUUAACGAUUCGAUCGUGGGGAGUUCAAAAGCAAUACCUACAGAGACUCGUUCCAGGAAUCGACCACAUGCCACGAGAGAAGAUGUCCGAGAAGGCGGCGAGUGGUACGGAUUAGGUCCUGGGAAGAUAUGAAAAACCGAAAGGAAAAGCAAGCGAGUUUGAGAAAGGGGAUUUCGUGAUCUGAGAACUUGGGCUAUUUUAAUUGAUUGAUUGAUGGAUGACUGGAUGGACUGAAUGCUUGAAUUGCUUUCAACGGCCCGGUUUAUAUCUGGGAAAUAUCGCCUCGAGUCUCUGCACCAGCGCGUCCGGC